CCGUUGCCGAAAUGGAUUUGUUCAACAACGUGCGUUUCAACGGAUCCGAGGUUCUGAAUGACGAUGCCAGUCUGAAUAGCAACUAUUUUCGGGUUAUAGUUGUUCAGAAUCGACUGCGUCUGAUUUGUGGCCAGAUAAUGCAAGCUUGCAAAACUCGAGAAGCAAUGAAAUGAAUGAUACUUUCGAGUUUCUGGUUAAAAGUAUUUCAUCGGCAAACAACUAUUUGUCGAUGCUUACUCGAGAGCAGUUGUCAGUUCUGCGUUCAAUUCGCCCCAGUUUGUUGUACGAGUUCUUGCAAGAGAUCGCGAAAGCCCGCAGUGACAGACGCGUUCGUCGUCACUUGCCGAACGAAUGUGCUUUUUGCAAGAAUAACGGGAGAACGAGGAGUGUUUACUCGUCGCACGUGUUGAAGGACGGUCGCGGGCGCGUGUUGUGUCCCGUGCUGCGCGCCUUCCGCUGUCCGCGCUGCGGCGCCACCGGCGACUCGGCUCACACCAUCAAGUACUGCCGGGAGGAUCCGAGUGGUUUAGCUUCACGUCGCCGCAUGCAGCCAUCAGCGGGUCUGCUGCUGAACGCUGCUGGAUUCGGGCCAUCACGUACACAAGCCUGCGCCCCGGCCGCGCCCGCCGCCUCGCCGUCCCCCAUGCCGGCUAAUUCUUCCCUCCCAUACAACUGGUCCAAUUUCACUCUUAAUUAA